AUGAAAGCAUUUACCUCUACACUAGUCUUUGAAAAGCCACAAGUUGGGAAAGGCAAGGACAAGUCCACUAUCCAGUGUCUGGAAUGGUAUUACAAGAAUUUGUACAUUGGGAACAAAGAUGGUGUGAUCCAGCAUCUUAUCCUGCCUGAUGGAGGUGGUGGAGACAGCUCAAGUGUUCGGGAGGUGGGGAAGAGACAGCUGGGCAGGAGUGGGCCAGUAAACCAGCUAAAGACAAUAUCAGUUCUCAAUCACCUUCUUGUGCUUUGGGAUGGUUCUGUCUCGACUCUAAACAUGUUUUCACUAGAGCCUGUCUCUGCCCUCAAGAAAAUCCAAAAUGUGUCUCUCUUUUAUGUCAAUGAGCUCUGUGAUCAAACUCAGCCUGUUUUUGCUCAACUCUUCACUGUGUCCUCCAAGCGGAGAAUAGUGAGCAUUCACAGGGUUUUUGUCGACAAAUGGGAAUGUGUGAGGCAAGUGUCUCUGCCUCAAGAUCCAGUUGCACUAGCGGUGGAUGAAACGUGUAUCUGUGUGGCCACAAAUGACAGAUACCUUCUCCAUGAUUACCAGAGUCAGAGCACUCUCGACAUAUUCUUACAUAAUCACGGAAAACAGAAUAUCAUUGCAAAGAAAAGCGGGGAGGGAGAGUUUCUCCUGAAUGGUCCUGGAUCCUUAGGUAUGUUGGUGCUGAGGGAUGGCAUAUCUCAGCGCCCACCAGUGCAGUGGUCCACAGACGUACUGGAUGCAGCUGUGUAUUUCCCAUACGUGCUGGCCCUGCAGAGUCAGGCAGUCCAAAUCUACAGCAUACUAGAUCAGCAACUCAAGCAGACCAUACCUGUCCAGAGUGCCAGGGGACUUCUAGCCACACCAGAAAAUGUUUAUGUCAUUGCUGAGAGGGAGAUCCACUGCUUGACUCCGAUUGCUUUGGGGGAUCAAAUCCAAGCUCUUACAGGAUGUGAAAGAGUGGAUGAGGCUUUGGUACUGCUGGAUGGAGUCCAAGCUCUUUUACCAAAGGACUCUUAUGAGGACUUGUACAAAAACAUCACAUGCAUCUCUGGACUGAUAAAGUUCUACAGGGAACAAUUUCUGGAAGCCAAAGAACUUUUCAUUAAAUGUGGACUGGACCCAAGGGAAAUAAUUUGUUUGUAUCCAACAAUGUCUGGCAUCUGUGAAGACUUCAAAGCCCAACUCUCUGCUGUGAGAAAUGCAAAAGACUUGCAGACACUAAGCAAAGAGGACAAGCCAACGUAUCAACAGUACCAGAAAUUCCUUGGAGAUUUCUUGACAGAAGUCAGAGAGACUACUCAGGGCCUUUGUUCUUGUCAGAUAAUUGAUACUGCCCUUCUGAAAUUAUACUUAGAGCAAGAGAAAUCUGAAGAGUUAAAUCUGCUCGUAUCAUCUCCAAAUGACUGUGCACUCAACAUUUGUGUACCUGACUUGGAGUUUCACAAAAGAUUUUUCACCCUUGGUUUGCUCUAUCAGAGCAAAGGUCAGCAUGUCAAUGCAAUUCAGACUUGGGUGAAUAUUGUGGAGGAUGACUGUGCAGACAAGACACAAUCAGAUGUGUACCAGCACAUUGUGAAUACACUCGCCCUACUACAACACAAAGAUGUCAUCUGGCAGUUUGCAGAUUGGGUUCUUCAAAGAGACCAAGAGGCAGGAAUACAGAUUUUCACCAAACACACAGAUGAAAAUAUGUUUGCCCCAGAGGAGGUCUUCAGCUUUUUAACAAAAUACCCAACAGCUCUGGUGUGUUACCUGGAAUUUUUAAUCUAUGAAUUAAAGAGUCAGGAGGAGAAACACCACACACUUCUGGCCACAACCUAUGUCGCACAAAUACUUCAAAAAGAAAAUAAUGUAAACCGACAAGGGAUCAGAAAUAAAUUGCAGCAACUAUUAUGGCAAUCCUCCCUCUACAACACUCGGGAAGUGCAUGGUCAAAUCACAUCCACAGCUCUUCACAUGGAGAAGGCUAUCUUGUUUGGGAAGACUGGGCAACAUAAAAAGGCCCUACAGACUUUGGUUCAUGAGGGAAAAGACCAGCAGGCAACAGAAGACUAUUGUUGGAGGACCUCUGCUGGACAAGACAGGAAAUUCACAAACACUCAGUUUCUCAACCUGCUCCAAAUCUACCUGGAGUCCAGCCAGCACGUGAGUGCAGCAGUGGACCUGCUGAAUAACAAUGCUGUUGCUUUUGAUUUGGUCAAAGUGCUGCAGAUACUUCCUGCAUCUUGGUCCCUUCAGCUGGUGACACGUUUUCUGUGUGAGUCACUGCGAGAGACCCACCACCAGAGGAAAAUGAGAAGGGUGGAGAUGAAUUUAGCCAAGGUGGAGCACCUAAGACAUAAGCAUACUGCGAUGAAAGUGGCACAGAGGUUGAUUAAAGUUGACAGCGGUCGCAUUUGCCAUUCUUGUCAGCAUCCCUUAACUGAAUCUGAGUUUCUGCGGAGUCCCGUCGGUGAGCUCAUCCAUACACAGUGCUACAGAAAGGUCAAUAGUCCUUCAGUGACCUACUGAUUCCAGUCACUUUGGAGAGCUUACGGGCCAAGGGCCAAGGAACAAAAUCAACAAAUGCUGAGGAGACUGAUAUCUCCACACUGAACUAAACACAGCUCCGAAGAGAAUGAAAUCAAAUGUUUUUCUUUUCCAUGAAAUUGCACUGUUUUGAAUUGUAUUUAGCUAUAUAAGAAAAAAUGACUGUAUUUCUGAACACAUCCAGUUGCAAUCGUAUGAAAAGGCAUUUAUACCAUGGAGACUGCAUUCAUAAUUGUGAGUUACAUGGAAUAAAUAAACUGCUAAAUAGGUUGUAGACAGCACUGGGAUUGGACCCCCUCGAACGGAACUGUUUUGCCUCAUCGCUGUCUGCUUCUUACCCAAGCAUGGUGGCUGACUGGCAGUCAUACAGACAUCAUCUAUACAGAAGAAUGUG